AUGCCCUUGACCGCAGCGCAACGUGGAGAUGCAUUAGAGCAGGUACUGUGCUCAAUCUACGAAGUAUAUGUCGUCGAGCCUGCGCUAGUGGCUCGUGUGCUGCCUCAUUUGCAAGAAGAUUUGCUGAGUGCAGACAUCGACCGGCGGAGAUCAGUUACAGCACUGGUGGGUGAGUUGCUCGCCCAUUGCCCCGGUGAGAGUUCGGGCAGUGUAGCUGGGCGGCGCGAGCUGUUGGUUUGUUCUAACCCACUGCUUGUUGAUCGGCACCGGGACCGUCUCUCUGACGCAGAUGAUGGGGUGCGCUUGGCGGCCCUCGACGGGGCUGCGGCCCUUCUGCAGACCGCUGUGUCGGUGACGGAGCAGCCCUGCUUCCAGUCGCUGGUGGUGGCGGCUGAGUCCUACGUCGCAAAGCUGGCGGAGCGCAGCCUGGACCCCAACGAGACCAUCCGGGCGCGGGUGGUGGAGGUGGUGACCCGAACUGGGUCCAGUGGCUCGGGCCUCAGGUUGGUGCAGGAGGUGCUCCCCGAGGUGUGCCGGCGGGUGGUGGACAAGAAGGCCGUGGUCCGCGAGGCCUGCGCCGAGGCCAUGGCCAAGCUGUACGCGAGGCACGCGCUGCCGCGCUGGAUCUCCGGGCAGGGUGCUGGCGACUUGGCAUGGCUGCCGCAGCAGCUGUGUGAGGCCUACCUCACUUUCAGCCGCGGCCGGCUUGGGCACAUUGCGCAGCUGGAGGAACACAUUGAGCAGCACGUCUUGGGCUGCGGUGCCAAGAUGGAGGUAUCCCAGCGAGCACUGGCCAUGCUGGGCUUCGUGUCGUCUGUUCUGCGGGGUCAAGAGGCUGCAGUACAAGGGCUGCACCUUCUGCUUGCUAGGAAGGCAGAUGCCAAUGCUGCGCUCCUGGCCUUUGUGAGCCAGAGAUCGAAGCAUGCUUCUCCGUUGCUGGCGGACGCAGCGAAAGGAGCACUGGUACCAUUUGCAUCGGAAGCGCCAGUUCCUGAUGAGGCGAGAAAGCUGUUUGACAGACUUGCUCGGCACAGUCCGACCUUUGAGGAGAGAUCCUCAGCCCAUGAGUUGCUCCCACAGCUUGCUGCCAUGAAUGCUGUGCGGGACAAGUCUCUUUGGACCCAUCUUGGCCUUCUGCUGGACCCGUGCAUCGACGAGAGCACCGAGGGGCUGUGGGACCCCCUGGCAGAGCUUGACCGCCUUCUGCGCAUCCACGACUUAGGCACUCUGACACCGCUGGUGCGGCGGGCCCUGCUCUGCACCUGGCUGCUCCCAGAUCAGGUGCAGACCUUGGUGGAGCUCUGGAAUGGGACCCAGGAUCUGCCUGAGGGUCUGGAUCUAGCAGAGCUGCGAAGAUCCCUGGCGCAGCUGCCCAAGUACUUCACAGGGGCCUUCCUGCCGCAGGCAGAGGCGCUCAUGGAGCUGCUCGGGCAGCCGGCAGAGGCCACGGCUGCUUUGAAGGCAUUGGCCGGCAUUGCCAAGAGGGGCCAGGCCAUGGAUUUCCCGGCCACCUUGGAGGACGUGGAAGGCAAGUGCUUCUUGCUGCUUUCAGCCAUCGAGGCAGCUGAGAACUGCGGCUCUGCCUGCCGCAAGGCCGUGCGAACGCUGUGGCUCUUCCCUGACGCCCAGCGGCUGCCGCUGGCCCGUCUCCUGCUGCUGGCUUCGGGCCAGUGCUUCGAGAUGGGGAAGCAGAUCACCGCGCUGAACCUGGCGGCGGCUUUGUAUGAGCAGGACUUUCCGGGCUCGAAGCUCUUCAGGCACCUGGAGCAGCGCGACGAUUGGCUGGAGAGGGGCCGACGCUUUUUGGCCGGGCCCGAGGCUCCCGAAAGAUGCUGCGCGGCUGUGGAGCUGUUGACGUCCGCAGGGUCCAGCGAGGACAUCCUGCGCGCGCUCUCGGCUUCUUCCACUGCUCUGGUGCCGGCGGAGCGCGAAGAUCGUCCUGGCGAGGAAUGGUGUGACCCCUUGCCUUUGCACGGGGUUUGCUUCAGUUUGCGGGCACUGCGCUCCGGGCGGAUCGCUGUGUCCACCAGGCUCCUGGCGCAGCUUGCAGCCAAGAUGGAUGCAUGCCUUUCCAGCCGGGCGACUGGGGAUGCAGAUCGGCUGGUGAAACUGCUGCAAAGCCUGCAGAAGCCCGUAUCCGCGAGGCUGCGAUUUCCAGAUCGCCUGAGGCUCUUUUCAACUCUACCACUUAUGUUUGCAUUCGCCCCACUCAAGCGCCACAGGGACAUAAUGCAGAGGAUGCUGCAAACCACGCUGGUCAAGGCGUUUCACGACAACCAAGAGCCAGUCCUGGACUAUUGCAUUGCGUGCUUCAUCCAUUUCUUAUCCAACCUGGAAUUGUUUCAGUUUGAAGCCUCAGCUGCUGCUUCUGCCUUCCAACGGAGCAGCAAGCUGUGCUCCUUCUUGUGUGAUGCCCUUCUUCGGCACGACAUGGCCCACAUCAAGGGCGAGUUUGCGUCCGUGACGCUGCAAGUGUGCGAUCGCGUGCGGUACUUCGUGGAUCGCGAGCGGCCGGACGCGGAUUUGGUGCAGAAGGCCUCCAGCGUGCUGCGCUACGUCGUGGAGAAGCAGUGGCCCGGCUGGGCCGAGAGCGGCGGGCCCGGGCGGGGCAGCAUGCCGGCGGAGCUGUUCUGCGUGCGCGAGGGCUUGACGCCUGGGCCGGAGGACCAGGCGCUGACCACAGCGAAUCAGGAGGUGCUGGUGACGCCCAAGGGCAAGAGGAGUGCCCCACCGCUGGUCACUUCAGUGGCCCGGCCUAUGGGAACAGUGGGCACAGACAUGGGUGGAUCUGGUGAAGGCGGUAGCGGCAAUGGCCAUGUGAGUGGAUUGAGUGGUGGAUCGGGCCUUGGGAAACUGCCCAUCACAGCUCUUGCAGUGCCACCUGCUUGGAGCAAGGUGUCCUUGAAGAGGCCGCGCAAGUCUUGA